UGCGUUUUAUUUGAAUUUUGAAGUUGCUCAGCUGUUGCUCUACCAUUUGCCUGUGGCUGUUCGGCGCGGUUCUCCACUACGCCUGCAGGCUUAUUGAACGCCAUGUCGACCGUGGACGUGCCUGACCUGUACUGCAGGGGAGUGAGGGUGUGGGUCCCAGACAGAGACAGGGUGUGGGUGGGAGGUGAGGUGGUGAGCGUGGAGGGUGAUGAGGGGGGUGUGGUGGUGAGAUGUGAGGGAGAGGAGGAGACAAAGCUGCUAGGGACGAAGGACUCCCUCCCUCUAUUGCGCAAUCCUCAGAUGCUGGUCGGGGCAAACGACCUCACAACACUCUCCUACCUUCAUGAGCCUGCAGUUCUCCACAACCUCUCAGUGAGGUUCCUACACUCCAAGAUGAUAUACACUUACUGCGGCAUCGUGCUGGUCGCCCUCAACCCCUACCAGCCCCUGCCAAUCUACGGUAACGAGACCGCCGCCGCCUACCGGGGCAGGGACAUGGGCGAAAUGGAUCCCCACAUUUUCGCAGUCGCAGAAGAAGCCUUCCGGAAAAUGACCAGAGAGGGAAGUGACCAGUCACUGAUCAUCAGUGGCGAGAGUGGAGCCGGGAAGACUGUGAGCGCAAAGUUCGUCAUGAGGUAUUUCGCAACAGUGGGCGGAGCUUCCACCGAGACUCAGAUUGAGAGGAAAGUACUCGCCUCCAACCCCAUUAUGGAGGCAAUUGGUAACGCAAAGACGACUCGUAACGACAACAGCAGUAGGUUUGGGAAGUACAUAGAGAUCAGGUUUGACCGGACUAACAGGAUUACCGGAGCUCACAUGAGGACUUACCUACUGGAGAGGUCAAGGGUCGUCACUCAGGCAACCAGCGAGAGAAACUACCACAUAUUCUACCAGUUGUGUGCUGCUAGGGAUUGUCCUGACAUGUCUGACUACCACCUUGGUCAUGCUGAGUCAUUCCACUACACCAGUCAGGGAGGGCGUGUCGCUAUCGACGACGUGGACGACCAAUCGGAAUUCACCGCCACACGAGAUGCAAUGAAACUGCUCGGUUUCAACGACGACCAACUCAGAGGUGUGUUCCAAGUCUUGUCGGCUGUCCUCCAUCUCGGUAAUGUGGAGGUGGGGAGGAGGAGCAAGGGUGGGGAUGUGAUGGGUGAGGUGGGUGAGGGAGACGAGAGUCUGGUGACCUCCGCGACCUUGCUGGGAGUUGACUCCGCCCACCUGGCCCACUGGUUAUGUCACAAGAAGAUCACCACUGCCAGAGAGGUCUACCACAAACCUCUCACCCACCCUCAGUCCAUCACGGCCCGAGACAGUCUGGCUAAGAGUCUGUACAGUCGGCUGUUUGACUGGAUCGUGAAUAUCAUCAACUCCACCCUCUCCCCAUCCUCCUCCCCCUCUUCCUCCUCCUCCUCCUCUUCCCGCUCCUCUUUCAUCGGAGUACUGGAUAUCUAUGGUUUUGAGGUUUUCCAAGAGAACAACUUUGAGCAGUUUUGCAUCAACUAUGCCAACGAGAAACUACAGCAACAGUUCAAUAUGCAUGUGUUCCAGUUGGAGCAGGCAGAGUACGUGAAGGAGGAGAUAGAGUGGUCGUUUAUUGAUUACUAUGACAACCAGCCGUGUAUUGAUCUCAUAGAGAACAGGUUGGGGAUACUGGACCUGCUUGACGAGACCUACAAGAUGCCAGGAGGGUGUGACUCUCUUUUCAUACAGAAACUCUACGACAACCACAACACUCCCUCCUCCACCCAUUUCACCAAGCCUCGCAUGUCCCGGUCCGAGUUCCAGGUCAGGCACUACGCUGGCCCCGUUCAGUACCAGACACGGGGGUUUGUGGACAAGAACUCUGAGCAGGUCGCUGAGGAGCAUCUACUGCUUCUCACUGGGAGCUCUGUUCCAUUCAUGACUUCUCUCUACAAGUCGGCUAAAGCCACUCCCAUUCAAGUCACAUCGAGUCAGGAUCGAGGUGGCCGCAGGAAGAAUGGAAUGAAGACAGUUACCAAGGUGACGGUGGGGUCCCAGUUCCGUUCCUCCCUGCGUGAACUCAUGACCACGCUCAACUCCACCACUCCUCACUAUGUCCGCUGUAUCAAGUCUAAUGACAGGAAACUACCCUUUGUGUUUGAUCCUCAGAGAGCAGUGCAGCAGUUGAGGGCCUGCGGUGUGUUGGAGACGGUGCGACUCAGCGCCGCGGGUUACCCCUCUCGCUGGACGUACAACGAGUUUUUCCAGCGCUACCGGUUGCUGCUGGCCAGCGGGCAGGUGAGGAGGGAGGACGUGAGACAGAUGUGCGAAUACAUCCUCAGGAUCAGCAUUCAGGACUCCAGCCAGUACAGGUUUGGAAAGACAAAGCUAUUCUUCAGAGCAGGUCAGGUGGCCUACCUGGAGAGACUGAGGUCACAGAGACUCCACUCUGCCAGUCUGUGUGUCCAGAGACGUGUCAGGGGCUGGCUGAGGCGGGCCUGGUACAGGAGACUCAGAGCCGCCACCAUUCUCACUCAGGCCAGGGUCAGAGGUCUCCUGGCUAGGAGACUGGCAGAGACUCUGAGGAGGACGAGAGCAGUGGUAUGCCUCCAGAGACACACCAGAGGUCUGGUGACCAGACUACAGUACCAGAGACUCAGGAAUGCCGCCAUCACCACUCAGGCUCUCUUCAGAGGAAGACAGGCCAGAAAGCGCUGUGUGGCCCUGCUCUAUGACCAGAAGGCGGUUGUUCUACAGAAGUAUGUCCGUGGCUGGUUGGCUCGGGUCCACUAUGAGCGAACCGUUCAGAGGAUCAUCUUCACACAGUGCUGUGUCAGGAGAUGGGCCGCCAGGAGAGAGAGAAGGAGACUCAAGAUGGAGGCGAGGUCGGUGACCCAUCUCCAGGGUCUCAACAAAGGUCUGGAGAUAAAGAUAAUCGAGCUGCAGUUGAGGCUGGACGAGGGAGAGAGGGAGAGAAUGGCUGCCCAGGAUCUCUGGAACAACCAGAAAGUCAACUACGAACAGGUAUGUAUACGUCUGUGCCAUAGCACGAGGUUUGCCUUGUGUUGUGUUGUAGAUUCGAGCCCCUACCAGCUGAGUUGCCCUGGUAGCUCAGUUGGUAGAGCACUCGCCUAGACUGCAGAGUGUCGUCGGUUCGAAUCCCACCCAGGGCAGCUCUUCUUCUUUUCUUUUAAAAGAAGGAGCUGUCCUGGGUGUAGUUGACUUGUUUGCCUAGCCUUACCUUUCUACCUCGCUACCAAGUUGUUGAGACAUGCAGUAUAUAUACAAGUGGAAAAAUCAUUUCUUCAAAAUGAAAGGGGGAUAUAGGGAUGGCUUGAAGCACCAAAAAGGAAGAAACAAGGGGUCAUUACACAGCAAAGAUGCACAAAGCUACAUGACACCAUCCCUAUAUCUUUGUCUGAUAUUAAACUUUACUUCAAGGUAAACUGUUGCAGAGUGGAAAUGACGGAGACGGCAAGCGCGGUUCUUUCCCAUUAGGGGAGGAAAAUGUCAGCAGGGCGAGAUUGGUUGUGA